AUGGCUGGGAGCAUAAAAAAAGACGCACCAUACAUAUCCAGAACUAUUAGAAAGCGGCUGAACUCCAUGGACAUAACAGAGCUGACGGAAAUACAAAAGCAGGCAAUUCCGCACGUGUUGGAGGGGCAUGACCUCUUGGGCAUAGCCAACACAGGCUCUGGAAAGACCUUGUCCUUUCUUAUACCGGCAGCAGAGCGGCUUAGAAAAGAAAAAGAGAUGGCGAAGCCCAGGGUUCUUGUCAUAUCGCCAACAAGAGAGCUCGCCAUGCAGACGUCUCGGGUUUCGCAGAAGCUGUUCUCAGACUGUCCGGGAAUAAGAACAGUGCUUCUUGUGGGCGGGACCAAGAAGGCGCACGAAACGCAGGAGAUGGAAAGGGGCUGCGGCAUUCUUGUAUGCACGCCAGGCCGGCUGCUAGACCACCUGCAAAACGGGCUGUCUCUAAAAAAGAUAGAGAUCGCGGUUCUUGACGAGUCGGACAGGAUACUCGACAUAGGCUUUGAAAGAGACAUGCGCGACAUUCUUACAUAUCUUCCCAAGAAGCGGCAGACUCUUAUGUUCAGCGCCACAAACACAGACAACAUUCUGUGCAGGUCCUGGCUUUCGAAAAGAUACAAGAAGGUCCACGUGCAAAUAGACGACAAAAUCACAGCGCAAGGCCUGAAGCAGUCUUUUGUGAUGUGCCCCGAAGACCAGCGAUUUUCUCUCCUUUUCUCUUUUUUGAAGAGGACAGAGGAAAAGGCCAUUGUGUUUUUCUCCACGUGUGCGUCCGUUGUUUUCCAUGGAGAGCUGUUUUCUUUGCUUGGCUUCAAUCUGGGGAUGCUGCACAGCGGAGUCAAGCAAGAAAAAAGAGCGCGGGUUUUCGACGAGUUCUGCGCGGGAAAGAAGAAGCUUCUGUUCAGCACAGACGUGGCGGCGCGGGGCUUGGAUAUUCCUGGGGUGCGGUGGAUUGUCCAGUACGACCCGCCCACAGACCCCAAAGAGUACAUACACAGAGUGGGGCGCACAGCCCGAGCUGGAGCAGAAGGCGAGGCCCUGCUGUUUCUUUUGCCGCACGAAAGAGUGUUCAUAAAGUAUCUGAAGCACCUUGGCGUGGAGGUGGACGAGCUGGCAUAUGCAGAGCCCAGAGACAUAUCAGAGUACUAUGUGAAAACGGUUAGCGAAAACCACUAUUUAGAAAAGGGCGCAAAAGAAGCGCUGCGCGGGUAUCUGCAGGCGUAUUCCGGGCACAAGCUAAAAAAGGUCUUUGACGCGUCCCAAAUAGAGCUGAACAAAAUAGCAAAGUCGUUUGGGCUGUCCAAGAUGCCCAAAAUAGACCUCACCAUCUGCGCGCGAGGCAAGUAG